AAACUAACGAUAAGAUGAAAUUCAGAACAUAAGCAGAUUUAGAGGUUUUGUAGAAAGAAGAAUAUUACUCUCACACACCGGAGGCGGAGGUGGAGGCGGAGACGAAGGCAAAGGGCAGAGGGCAGAGGCGGAGGCAGAGGGCAGAGGGCAGAGGCGGAGGCAGAGACGCUCACUUUCUUCUCCCCGCCGUCGCACAUCGUUGAAAAAUGGGAUUACGACAGAGAAGUAAUUGCUAAACUUGAAGAUCCUGCUGUGAGUUAGUACUGUGCUUUACGCUUAUUACAGACACAUGGAAGAAGAAAUAACUAGUGCUUCUAGGUUUGUAGAGUUGAAUGAGCACAAUAGUGAUAAUAAAAUGAAGGAUACGGUGGAUCUGAAAAAUAAUGAGUUGAAUGAAGAUAGUGUUGAGAAUGAAAAAGAGGAAACAAGAAAGGUAGAAGAUAAAGUGGAGGAUCCUUGUGUAGGAAUGUUGUUUGGUUCCAUUGACAAUAUCAUGGAAUAUUUUACAAGGUAUGGUAAUAAAAAGGGUUUUGCAGUGGUUAAAAGAACAUCUAGAAAGGGACAUAAUGGGGAGGUGGAGUCUUUGACUAUAGCUUGUAAUCGUGCUGGAAAGCAACAGAUUAAAGCUUGAAAGAAUUUGUAGAACAAUAUGAUAAGGCUUUGGCAAAAAAUGUGGUAAAUGAAAAUACUGAAGAUUUCAAUUCAUUUCAAUCAUCCAUACCAUGUUUUACUCAUUAUGCUAUGGAGAAACAAUUUCAAAGUGUUUACACAACAGCAAAAUACAAAGAGUUUCGAAAAGAGUUGCUAGGGAAGGUUUGUUGUAAUUUUUCUUCUUGUAAGGAAGAUGGUGUCAUUUCAAAAUACGAAAUACGUGAAGAUGGAGCAUUUGGAGAAAAUUCCCAGCAUGCAACCUUCAUUGUUUAUUUUAACAAGGAUACCAAUGAAGUAAAUUGUAAUUGUCGGUUUUUUGAAUUUAGGGGAAUAUUGUGUAUGCAUCAAAUUACGGUGCUCUUUCACAUGAAGAUUGAUCAGGUACCAAACAAGUACAUCUUGAAAAGAUGGUGCAAAAAUAUUAAGAGGAGCCACACCAAAGUUCGCAUCAACUAUGACAAUCGGCUUGUCAAACCUGAAACACAACGCUUUGAUAAAAUGUACAAAGUCUUCAAUGAGGUUGCAGACUUGGCAAUAGAUUCUGAAGAUAAGUGUGAGAAGGUGGUGGCACGAAUUCUUGAAUUAAAAGGAGAGUUCAAACAAGAAAAACUUGUUUGUGGAAGUAAUGAACCCAUUUCUACAGGUAUUCCUACAGAUUCAACCUCAUGUGGAGAUGAUCUUGCAAUUUCUAAAGAGACUAAAAACAUACUUGAUCCAGUAGUGGUUAGACAAAAGGGACGACCACCAUCUAAAAGGAAGCAGUCAAUAGUUGAAAAAGUUGUUAGAAAAAAGAAGGAAAGGAAAAAGAAAAAGAAAACCAAAAUGGCUACUAAGGUUGAGAAUGUGUCUUGUACAACCCCUACUAUGGGAUUGAGGGUGCUUGGAGUACAAAAGAGUUUUAACUUAAAUGAGUUGGAACUGCAACAAUCACAACAGAUUGGUAAAGAGAGUUAUGAAGAAUCCAUCAUGUGGUCAAACAUUAAUUGCCCUCCUAAUAUCAUCGGGAUGAGUCCAUAUUAUGGGCUGCCAAAUAUGCUACAAGGAGGAAACUCGCCAUUUCAGUCAAGUAUAAUAAGACAAGUGGUUGGAAUGCAACCAUUUAGUUACCAUGAAAACACAUCUCAGGAUGAUUCUCCACUCCAGAAGGCAUGUUAUGAUUUGUCAAAUGAGCAUCCAAGCAAUUCUAUUGGGAAGUUUGGUACCAAUGAUGUGACAAAAGUUGGAAAUCCAAAAUUACACGAAGAUGGCAGGGGCAAUUAGUUUGUUUAUGAUAUAUAGGGUCAUAAGAUUAGUUUAAACAUGGAAACUUGACGGUUAAUAUUUUUGUCUCAUAAUGUAGCCCAUUGGGCAACCUUUUGUAAUAAGGUAGGAACCUUCUCUAACUC